UUGACAAAUGACAAACUUAAAAUCAAAAUAUGUCAAAUGUAUAAACUUUUCACUUUCGUUAUUUCUUAAAUGUGAGCAGUAAAAUGACGGUAGCUGAAUUUUUUGGUUGUACAUUUCUGGCCUUUGGCUCACCCUUUGCAAUGUUUUUGUUCACUAUAGUUCAUGACCCAGUAAGGAUUAUUAUACUUAUAGCUGCGGCAUUUUUCUGGCUGCUGUCCCUAUUAUUUUCCUCAUUGGUGUGGUACAUUGUAGUUCCCCUACGAAAAGACUUAGCAUUUGGAUUAGUGUUCGCAGUUAUUUUCCAAGAAGUGUUCAGGUUUAUUAUAUACAAGAUACUGAGAAAGGCAGAAAAUGGCUUGAAGAAAAUAACGGAUGACAGUGUUACUUUGAUUGAAAACAAACAUAUUUUGGCUUAUGUGAGUGGACUGGGGUUUGGAGUAAUGAGUGGAGCAUUCUCGCUAGUCAACGUUGUAGCAGAUUCUGUAGGACCUGGGACCAUGGGACUCAAAUCCGGCACCGAAAUGUUCUUCCUCGCAAGUUCUGCUAUAAGUUUAUGUUUUAUACUACUCCACACAUUUUGGAGCGUAAUAUUUUUCAAUGCUUUCGAUAAUAAAAACAUAGUCCAUAUAAUAUAUGUUAUAGUAUGUCACCUACUAGUCUCUUGCUUAACACUAUUGAACAGAAGUCAACCAUACUCGGCUUGCCUCGUACCAUUGUAUGUUAUUUUGGUAGUAACAGGUUGUUUGGCAUUCAAAGUUGCUGGGGGAUCAUACGCUUCUUUCAAAAGCUGCAUUUCAUUCAAAUAGUAUCUGAAUGGUUUUACGUCUUUUAUAAAUUAUUAUUUAAUUUCACUCAUCUAAACAAAACUCGGAAGCUACAUAGUAUAAGUAUUUGUAAUAAAAUAUCUAUUAAAACAUUAAUUGUAAAUUUGAAA